AUGAAGCGUGUUUAUCAACGACUGUCUAGGGAGGCUUUGUGCCGAAGUUCCCCAUCGAGUCGUAUGGUCUUCGCUAUGGCCAUCAAUGCCCUUGCUGUUUCUCCUGCCAGAAAUAGCAAUGCUGCACUUUCAACUGCGAUGCGCUUUUCUUCCACAACCACCGCUGAAAGUGCAACAACCAAACCAGCAGACAUUACGGAUGAGGACGUUGUUAUUGACCCUGUACCCGGAGCAAAGGAUGGAGCCGCAGACACUGGUGCUUCUGCAGAUGCUACUGCAUCAACUACCACAAAGAGUAAUGAAGACGCCGAACGAGUGGUUGGAAAUGCAGAAGAAAUGGGAUUUAAGACAGAGACACGACAACUACUGGAUAUUGUUGCCUGUAGUUUAUACAGUGAGAAGGAGGUCUUUAUUCGUGAAUUGGUAUCCAAUGCCAGUGACGCUUUGGAAAAACGUCACCUGAUGGAAAUCAGUAAAGGAGAAGAAUUCCCACGAGAGGAAAGUGAUGAAGCCCCUCUUAUUGCUAUUUCAUGCAAUCAGAGUAAGAGUCGUUUUGUUAUUCGUGAUACUGGUAUUGGUAUGACGAAAGAAGAACUCGCAGAAAAUCUUGGUACAAUUGCUGGUUCUGGAUCUAAGGCCUUUGUACGAGAACUUCAAAGCGGUAAUGGUGGAAGUCAAGCGGCGGAAAAAAUUAUUGGUCAAUUCGGUGUAGGAUUCUACGCUGCUUUUAUGGUGGCUAAGAAUGUUAAGGUAUACAGCCGAAGUGCGAAAAAAGGCAGUAAGGGUUAUGUUUGGGAAUCUGAUGGUACAGGUACUUUCAAAAUUGCCGAAUGUGAAGGUGUGGAUAAGGGAACUAAGAUUGUACUUGAUAUUAAAGAUACUGAACUUUCUUUCUGUACUCCACAGGUAUGUGAACGUGUAUUAAAGAAGUACAGUAACUUUGUCUCAUAUGAAAUUACUCUUAAUGGAGGGAAGGUGAAUACAGUGGAGGCUUUAUGGAUGAAGGAUAAGAAUUCCAUCACAAAUGAAGAACAUAUUGAUUUCUAUAAAUUUAUCUCUGGUGCAUAUGACAGUCCAAUGUUCCGUUUACAUUAUGCUGUGGAUGCCCCAAUGUCUAUUCGUGCCUUACUUUAUGUACCUCAAUCACAUACAGAAAAGUACGGUGGAGGACGUAUGGAAAGUGGAGUAAACCUUUACUCCCGUCGUGUACUAAUUCAAUCCAAAUGUAAAGGACUUCUUCCAGAGUGGUUACGCUUUAUUAAAGGUGCUGUGGACUCAGAAUCUAUUCCUCUUAAUGUAUCUCGUGAGCAUACACAAGAUGGAAGUAUGAUGCGACGUCUCUCUACAGUUUUAACGAAGCGUAUUAUUCGUUGGUUUGAAGAGGAAUCCAAGCAAGAUCGCCAAAAGUAUGAAAGGUUUAUUAAAGAAUAUGGACCUUUUUUGAAAGAAGGUGUUUGUACAGAUCAAGUACAUAAAAUGGAUCUUGCAAAACUUCUUCGUUUUGAGACUACAAAAUCUGAUAUUGAUUACCCAUACGUUUCUCUUGAUGAAUACCGUGAUCGCAUGCAGGCCAAUCAAACCCAUAUUUAUUACAUUAAUGCCCCUACGAAAGAGAUGGCAUUGGAAUCUCCAUACUAUGAACAAUACAGGGAACAUGAUCUUGAAGUACUUGUAUGCACAGAACCUAUUGAUGAUUUUGUGAUGCAACACCUUGACACAUAUGCCAAACACAAACUUCAGAAUAUUGAAAUGUUUGAUGCUGCUCUUGAUGGUAGUGUUCAACAUAAAAAGAAACUGGAGGGUGAUAAGGAAGAUGUAAAGGUGGAGAAACAGUUAACUGAAGCCCAAUCGAAAGGUCUCAGUGAUUUUAUUUCAAAACGUCUUGUGGGUCGUGUGGGUGUUGUUAAGGCAACGACACGUCUUCGCGACAGUCCGGCUGUUAUUGCCGAUCACGAGUCUGCACAGUUGCGAAAGAUUUACCGCAUCACUGGCCAAAUGUCUGGCCCACCACCCAAAUACAAUCUACACUUCAACCCCAAACAUCCUGUUGUGCGGAAGUUGUACACACUCUCCAUCUCGCCAGCCUCUGAGGAUGUGGAGACCGCAGGAUUACUGGUCGAGCAGAUCUUUGAUAACGCCAUCAUCUCCGCCGGACUUCUGGAGGAUCCCCGCUCCAUCGUCUCACGAUUGAAUAACAUUAUGUCCCGCAUGGUGGAAAAGGUACCGGAACCCACAGCAGAGAAGUAA